AUGGCAUUCCAGCAGCUAAUUGUUACCUCAGGCAGCACUCAAACAUCUCAAGCUGAAAGACGGUCAGCAAAUUAUAAGCCUACUAUUUGGAGUUAUGAUUUUGUGAAGUCCUUGAGGAGUGAAUAUAAGGAAGAGAUAUAUGCGAGGCAAGCUCAUAAAAUGAAAGAUGAGGUGAAGUGCCUCAUUAGUGGUGUUAUGGACCCAUUGGCCAAGCUUGAAUUGAUUGAUAUCAUUCAAAGACUAGGGUUGAAAUAUCAGUUCGAGGCAGAAAUAAAGAAAGCAAUAGAAGUUAUUUAUAAAGAUACUAAUAAUACGUGGUUAGUUGAUAAUCUCCACGCAACGGCCAUCUGGUUUAGACUCCUAAGACAACAUGGGUAUGACGUACCCCAAGGUGAAAAUAUCAUUGAGGAGGCUAAAACUUUCACAACCGAACAUUUGAAAAAUAUCAUAGGAGACAUAUCACCGACCUUGGCUAGAAAGGUAGCCCAUGCUUUGGAUAUGCCCUUGCAUUGGAGGUUCGCAAGAUUGGAGGCUAGAUGGUUCAUCGACUCGUAUGCACAAGAACAAAAUAUGAACCCUACUUUGAUACAAUUGGCUAAGUUUGAUUACAACAUGGUGCAAUCCAUUCACCGAAAAGAGGUCAGAAAAUUAGCAAGUUGGUGGGUUGAAAUGGGCUUGGACAAGAUGAGCUUUACCAGAGACAGGCUAGUAGAACACUACUUUUGGAGCAUGGGAAUACUAUUUGAACCUGAGUAUGGACCAUUUCGAUAUAUGGGGACAAAGGUUAUUUGUUUUGUAACUGUUAUAGAUGACAUAUAUGAUGUAUAUGGCUCACUGGAAGAAUUGGAGCUAUUCACCGAUUUUGUUUACAGAUGGGAUGUUAGUGAAAUUCAUAAGCUUCCAUGCAAUAUAAAGACGUGUCUUCUUGCAAUGUAUAACACUAGCAACGAAAUUGGCUAUUGGACAUUGAAAGAGCGAGGCUUCAACAUCAUCCCUUAUCUAAGCAAAGCGUGGGCAGAUCUGUGCAAAGCAUACUUAAAGGAAGCAAAAUGGUAUCAUGGUGGGUAUAAGCCAACGUUGGAAGAGUAUCUUGCCAAUGCAGUGGUUUCCAUAGCUGGGCCUCUUGUGCUACUUUGUUGUUACUUUCUAACCACAGACAAAAUCACAGAAGAGGCAUUGAAUUACAUAGACAAGCUCCCGAGUAUCAUACGUUGCAGCAGCAUGCUUGCUCGACUCACCAUGAUUUGGGAACAUCAUCG